AUGGCUGUUAAACGAUUUGAGAGCUUAGAGCGCAAAUUAUCCGCCGACCAAACCCUACGACAUUUAUACAGGGAGUUCAUGUCCGAAUACUUAGCAUUAGGCCAUAUGUCCAUCGCAAAAUCACCCGGACAAUAUUUUAUACCCCACCAUGCCGUGUACCGUCCUGACGACGGGGAUAGUAAGAUACGGGUAGUUUUCGAUGCAUCUGCACAUGGUCCUCGUGGGCCAUCCUUGAAUCAAUGCCUACAUCCAGGACCAAAACUUCAACAAGACAUCAUAGAUGUUUUAACACGAUUUCGAAUUCAUAAAUUUGCAUUCACAGCAGAUAUCUGCAAAAUGUAUAGGCAAAUAUUGGUUUUACCCGAAUAUCGUAAUCUGCAACAUAUUCUGUGGAGAUCGUCACCAGAGGACGAACAAAUUGAGUAUGAACUCAAUACAGUUACUUACGGCAUUAAUUGCGCCCCGUUUCUUGCCUUACGAGUUCUCAAAUAUAUCGCCGAUACUGAUUGCGUUGACUCCGACGCCAUACGCCAGGCGCUACUUUUACAAACGUAUGUUGACGACUUCUGUGUUGGUGCGGAUUCCGUGACCGAAUUGAUACGUAUUAAAAAUGAAUUGAUCUAUAUCCUUGACCGAGCUGGUAUGCAGCUUAAAAAAUGGCUUAGUAAUUCCGACGAACUAAUUAAUACCGUCCCAGGAGAGGAUCGAUUGACAACUCCGAUGCCGUUCCAUACUUUAGAAGGUGAAUGCACCAAAGUACUCGGGUUAUCGUGGGAACCAGUUGGCGAUUUCUUUAGUUGUGCCUUACGUACCGAUUCCUCGUCAACGUACACCAAGCGUGGCGUGCUAUCACUGAUUGCGCGAAUCUUUGAUCCCUUGGGCUUAUUCGCCCCCACGGUGUUUUUAGCGAAGCAUAUUAUGCAGCGCUUAUGGCAAUCAAAGCUUUCAUGGGACGCUCCCUUGCCUAUCGAUGUGCACAUCGAAUGGUCGUCUUUUGUUUCGGAUUUGCCGGCCCUGUUAUCAUUGCAAGUGCCACGACACAUGGGCACUGUGGGCGGAUCGCCUUGUUUGUUACUCGGGUUCUGCGACGCAUCGAUGCGUGGGUAUGCCGCCGUCCUAUAUCUUCGUGUAUUAGACGCCCCGCGAGAAUCGUGCAUUUUUCUGUUGGGCACAAAAACAAAGUUGGCGCCUCUCAAAGAAGUAACAAUACCUCGUCUCGAGUUGAAUGCCGCGCUCCUCUUGGCUAAGUGGAUGGCGCGAAUUAAGACAGUUUUGAGUUCCCAACUGUCCAUAGUAGACACGUACGCAUGGACUGACUCAUCGAUUGUUCUUUUAUGGUUAAACAUCCCCCAUGAAAAAUUUAAAAUUUAUGUCUCCAAUAGAGUCCAUCAGAUUCACACGCUACUCCCGGGAUGUCAGUGGUAUCAUGUUAGGUCAGAAAUGAAUCCUGCUGACUGUGCAUCGCGAGGUAUUAAGCCCACAGAGUUAGCUAAUUCAUCCCUCUAUUGGAAUGGGCCAAAGUUUAUCCGAGAUGAAAAAACGUCGUGGAAUAACGAGAUACCGAUAGUACCGUACGAUAAGCUUCCAGAAGUUCGACCUACCUCAUUAGCUGUGCAACUUAAUGAUUCCCCGGUUGAAUGGUUCAACACCUUUUCGUCGUAUGACAAAUUGGUGCGCAUAGUUGCCCAAAUAUUUCGUUUUAUUAAUCGAUGUCGUUAUAAAAGUGCGCAUAUAGCCGUGACGCCGCUCUCGUGUGCCGAACUGGACGCCGCCAACGUUGCUCUUGUGAUCGCAUCACAGAAAUGUCAUUUUUCCGUAUUAAUUCACGAAUUGUCGCGGGGACAACCAUUAUCGUCAAGACCCAUUGCAAAAUUACGCCCAUUUAUUGACAAGGAUCGUAUCAUUCGAGUAGGAGGAAGAUUGCGUUAUUCCUCAUUGUCCUACGAAAGUAAACAUCCAAUUUUGUUAGGAAAGCGAUCCCACCUCGCUUUGUUAUUGGUUCGACGUUGGCAUAAAAUUACCUGUCAUUCGGGUCCUCGAUUACUGACCGCCCUUAUCUCGAGGCAAUAUUGGAUCGUAUCAAUUAGAUCAAUUAUUCAUGAGGUUGUCAGUAAUUGUUUAGUAUGUAAUAGGUUAGAUGGUCGUCCAAUACCGCCUCUUAUGGCCGAUUUACCAGCGGCUCGAGUGCAAGAAUGUAAGUCCUUUCAAAAUGUAGGCAUCGAUUAUGCAGGCCCCUUCCAAAUGCGUGAAACGCGUUUACGAAAACCGCGCCAAUAUAAGGCGUAUGUUGCGGUCUUCAUUUGCUUAGCGGUAAAGGCGGUUCACCUUGAAUUGGUGUCCGAUUUUACCACUGACGCGUUCUUAGCCGCCUUGGACAGGUUUGUAGCUCGCAGAGGAUUGCCCGUCGAAAUAUUUUCGGACUGCGGCACUAAUUUUAUCGGCGCCAAUAAACAGCUUCAAGAUCUUAUUUGUAGCCCGACUGGGAAAACUAUAUUACAAAAUUCGCGGUCCGCAUUUAAAUGGAAUUUCAAUCCACCCGGUGCCCCCCAUUUCGGUGGUCUUUGGGAGACGGCUGUUCGGUCAGCCAAGCGGCUUAUGGUACGUAUUAUAGGCGCACACAUAUUAUCUUACGAAGAAUUAACCACGGUCUUCACGCGAAUUGAAGCUGUUCUAAACUCACGCCCGAUUACCCCUUUAUCGACUGAUCCGCACGAUUUUGAGGCUCUAACCCCAGGGCACUUCUUGAUAGGGCAACCAUUAUUGGCCGUGCCGCCUAAAACACCUUUUAAUGCUAAAAUGAAUAUUAUUAACCGUUGGAAAUUGUUGGACCAAUGCCACCAGGCGUUUUGGCGGAGGUGGUCCUCAGAGUACCUGACUACCUUGCAGGCUCGCUCUAAAUGGACGUCAUCGGUUCCUACGCUCCGAAUUGACGAUAUGGUUAUAGUCGUCGAUAAUUCAAGUUCCCCACUACAAUGGCGAUUAGGGCGCGUAACGGCACUUAUGCCCGGUGCUGAUGGCGUGGUGCGUGUUGCUCGCGUUUUAACAAAGCACGGUGAAGUGAUCCGACCGGUGGUGAAAUUAGUGAUAUUGCCAUCACAAUAA